CACGGUCCCUGUCCCCAUUCCCGCUCCCAUUCGCGGUCUCUGUCCCCAUUCCAGUUUCCAGUGCCGAUUCCAGGUGCCGGUUCUCCGUUCCUCUCCCGUAUUCCCGGUUCCAGUAAAUGUCUCGGUCCCAAAUUCCCAUUCCCGGUCCCAGGAAAGGUCUCGGUCCCAAAUUGCAAUUCCCGGUCCUGGUCCCCAUUCCCUGUCCUUCUCCCCAUUCCCAUUCUCGGUCCCUAUUCCCGGUUUCCAUUCCCGCUCCCUGUCCCCAUUCCCGGUGUCUGUUCCCAUUCCCGGUCCCUGUCCCCAUUCCCGGUCCCUGUCCCCUCUCACCGGACGCCGCCGCCAUCGCUCCGUUCCCCUCACGGCGCUCACGUGACCGCGGUAUCCCCGCGCCUCUCCCGCCCACCAAUCCCAGCGCGCGAUCGCUCCCGGAUUUGCAUAACCACGCCCUCUGGCCCCGCCCGGCGACAGCUCUCCUCAUUCCCGGGCGCUCUUUGCUCCCAGUUCCCUCCCAGUUCCCUCCCAGUACGAGCGGCACUGGCGGGGAAAGCGCUCCCAGUUCCUUGCCGGGGCUCUCAGCAUCGCUGCCGCUCUCUCCGUGUCAUUCCCAGCGCUGCCAGUAUCACUCGCAGCGCCGCGCGGGUCGCAGCCGCUCCCACACCGCCCAGGGCAGAGCGCGGCUGCUUUUGGGUGUCGGCACCUGCCCGGGCCGGGCUGGGAGCGGAGGAGCAGCGGGAGGAAGAGGAGGAGCGGGAAGAGGAGGAAGAGCAGCAGCGGGAGGAAGAGGAGGGACGCAGGAGGAGCGGCAGGAAGAGGAGGAGCGAUUUUGGAACCACGCGCUUCUGCCGCCCGCCCGCACAGAGCGCAGCUUCGCCCGGGCGCGGCAGCAUCGCCCCCCAAAAAGCCGCAGGAUUUCCCAAACCUUUGCUUGCACUGAGGAAGAGAAGGAGGCCAUGAGGACGAGGUCGAUGGCCCGGGAGCCGCAGGCAGACAAGGAGCUGAGCACGGACAGCAGGGAGGAGAAAUCCCCGCGGCACAGCCUCGGCCAAGAGGCCGUUUGCAGCGGCUCCACGGCGCAGGAAUGCAACGGGGAGGAAAAGCCCCGCAGAUCCCGCACCAGGAGGGGCUGCAAACGCACAGCCCGGGGAUCGCAGCAGGAAAGCCCCAGCCCGGGCCGGGGAGGCGGCCGGAGCUCGGAGCUGGGGCUGCGUGAGCAGCGUCACCACGGGGAGAAGCCCCACAAGUGCUCGCAAUGUGGGAAGGGCUUCAGUCUGUUAUGCAACCUCAUCAGACACGACAGAGUCCACACAGGGGAACGGCCCUUCAAGUGUGGGGAGUGUGGGAAGAGAUUCAGGUGGAGAUCCAAUCUGAUCCACCACCGAGGAAUGCAUAGGGACAAACGGCCCCACGAGUGUGGGGAGUGUGGGAAGAGAUUCAGAGACAGUACACAACUGAAGAUUCACCAGAGGAUUCACACUGGGGAGAGGCCCUACGAGUGUGGGGAUUGUGGGAAGAGAUUCAGCCGGAGCUCACUCCUGGUUGCACACCGGCGCAUCCACACUGGGGAGAGACCCUUUGAGUGUGAUAAAUGCAAGAAGAGAUUUCAGAGAAAGUGCACUCUCAACAGUCACUAUUUCACUCACACGGAUGAGAGGCCUUUUGAGUGUGCUGACUGUGGGCAGGGCUUCAAUCAAAAGGGCAACCUCGCCGCCCACCGGCGCAUCCACACCGGGGAGAGACCCUACGAGUGUGAUAAAUGCAGGAAGAGGUUUCGGACCAGCUCCCGUCUCCUCCAGCACUAUCGCUCUCACACGGAUGAGAGGCCUUACGAGUGUCGUGACUGCGGGAAGUGCUUCAAGCGAAUCUCACACCUCGACACCCACCGGCUCACCCACACCGGGGAGAGAGCCUACGAGUGUGAGAAAUGCAAGAAGAGGUUUCGGACCAGCUCCGCUCUCCUCGUGCACUAUCGCUCUCACACGGAGUUUCGGCCCUUUCGCUGCUCCGACUGCGGGACGGGCUUCAAGGACAACACCACCCUCGUCAGCCACCGGCGCAUCCACACUGGUGGGACACCCUUCAAGUGUCCUCAGUGUGAGAAGAGCUUCGCAUUCCGCACCAGCUUAUGCAGACACCAACGGAAUCACCACUGAGGGAAGCCCUGCACGUGCCCCGAGUGCGGGAAGAGCUCCGUGCUGAUGUUUUGAUUCCGAGUUUUCUCUUUGGCUUGGGUUGUGCUUUUCCCUUGUGCUUUAGAGUGAUGAAGACAAAAUAGAUUCCAGCUAUAGAUCGUCUUCAGAAUUCAGGCCCUAAACAUUAACAGUGUGAGGAGGGUGGGCCAGCCAGGAGGCGAGGAGGAUGACACAAUUUGAGACGAUUAAUCGGGUGGUUGACUCCUGUAUGCAAAUGGACUGAAGUCUAUGAAAAUGUGAAAUCGUGUGGCCAAACCCUCUUCCACCUUGGAGCCACUCAGGCAGGGCAGAGGCCACACUGUGGCGCUGAUACUGCCAGGGUGUGGCCUUUGAAGGCCUUUCAAUAAAUACCCAUUUUAUUUCCUUUAAUUCUGUGUGAUCUGUGUUCUGUGCGCUGCUCCAGCUCCAUCCCCCAUGGCAGGAUCUGCGCUGGAUGAUCCCCAAUGACCCCCGGUGGGCAGAGCCCCGCUGAGCCCUGGUGGGAAUGGAUCCCAACUGGACACUGGUCUGAAUGGACACCUGACCAUGGAUCCCAGCUGGACACUGCUCUGGAUGGACACCUGACCAUGGAUCCCAGCUGGACACUGCUCUG